AUGGAUUUGGAUUUGGAUCUGGACGACGACGACGACGAGGAGGGGGAGGAGCCAGAGCCGGAAGAGGCGGGGCGAUUAUUCCGGACGUUACCGCUGACUGGCGCCCAUUCGUGCUCCUCAUUGGUCCGCUUGGAGCAGGAGGCCAAGCGGCAGAGGCGAGCCGAGCUGCAGCGGGAGAAGGAGCGGGCCGCCGCCAUCAUGCGCGGAAAGCAAAGUGUCGAUGAGGUGCUGGACCUGGCAGAGUACACCAAGAGGCGGCCUUGGUGGCGAAAACUCUUCAAGCCAAACUCGGGGUCCAGCGCGGAAAAAUACAGCGUGGCCACCCAGCUGGCCAUUGGAGGAGCCACAGGAUGGUGCACUGGCUUCAUUUUCCAGAAGGUUGGGAAGCUGGCCGCGACUGCCGUGGGAGGAGGCUUCUUUCUGCUCCAGGUUGCCAAUCACACAGGAUACAUCAAAGUCGACUGGCAAAUGGUCGAGCGGGACGUGAACAAAGCGAAGGAGCAAUUGAAGUUCCGCAGCAGCCCUAACAAUGAGCUACCGCCAGAGGUGAAGACCCGAGUGGACGAGGUGAUCCGCUUUUUGAAGAAAAAUGUUAUCCUGACUGGAGGGUUCGUUGGAGGGUUUCUGCUUGGCUUGGCGUCUUAGGAGCUGACCAGAUCAGACUGCUCUGCCGUUCCCUGUACAGCUGCCAUCUCCUCUCUGGAUUCUGACUCCAUUGGCAGACUUGUCUGCAGGAACAUUCUCCCUCUUGGAUUGUCUUUCUCUUUGUACAUGCAUCAUUGCUGCCAAAAAAUAUUGUCCUUGGGGGAGUUUCCCCAUUUUAAUUUAUUGGAGGAAGGAUUAGAUGGAAAAGCUAGCUGCUACACUAGAUACUAUCGAUAUCUUUUAGGUCUUUCAGAAUGACCUAUUCAAAAUAUUGCGGCUAUCACUAUAAUAAGCGCUCCCUUGUCUUUAUAUGCACUUUCUUGUUGUGUUUAUUUUCUUUCAAGCCCAUCCUGGGAGGACAAGGGGGCAUCCAGUAUUUAGUAUUUGCCUGGUUCUUUCUUGAACAGGUUCUGUAUACUGCUUGGCAAAGCCAGAGCUGGAAACACAGAUCUUCUUGGCAUUGCACAAGCUGUUAUUUAUACCUCUGGCUGAAUCCAUAGAGCUGGAAUGACCUGUGGAAAUUCUGACUGCUCCGCUUUAUUUUCUGCUGUCCUCUGCAGCUGAAGGAGGACUGGCAAGCGGCAAGAUCCUCCUUCUCUAGAAAGUAUUAUUUAGAGUGCUCAACAGUCACAACCUUGGAUGGAGUAGACAUUCAAAAUGAACUAUGCGCACGGUGGUGGAGAGGAUAGAAGAUGACUUGCUACAAUUGGGAGGCUUUUUAGAUACCAAUGGUCUUUGCCAUUGUGAAAUGGGGAGGGAAUUGCAUAUUUUCUGCCACUUCCUUUUAUUUGGUACUCUAGCUCCAUGAAAUGGUUUGAAUACCAGAUCGAGAGAAGUUGCUUUAUCACUGCAGGAGUUUUGUGUUGGGCAGAUGGCUAAAGUUUGCAUUUCUCCCAAUGCCAUUCCACCAGCAUAACAUUGCUUUUUCCACUCAUUGCAGGAGAAGGUAUUAAGUACCUAACUGCAUGCACACAUACCCCACAGCAAAUACUCAUAGCUAGUUAAUAGCUGGGGGUAGUAGGGAGCUGCCCAAGCAAUAUCAGUCUGGGGUUCUAUAGAUGGGAGAAAGCAGAUGCAUAAUGUGUAUUUUUUUUUUCUUGCAAUUCCUGCUCCAAUAUCCCAAGAACUAGGGCAGACAUUAUCCCAAGAACUAGGGUUUUUAAGGAGUGCACUGUGUAAGCUUCUACUGCCAAGUUUUCGUGAACUAGAGGCUCUUUAAUCAUGUAUUAAGAAGUUGUCGUUCAGGAAGGUUUGUGCCACAAUAAACCUCUUCCUUUAUCAGGUGUUA